UUGAUCAAUUACAGCUGUUAACGUGAUUGUCAUCUGAACGCACCAUGCCGUGAACUAUUUACAAUCGCAGCAGCAUUGACAGGUGAUCAAUUAAAAUGGAAUGGAAGUGUGAAUACAUCACAUAAGCAGUGACUUUUGCUGUUACCUUGGAUGAAGACAAAAAACUUCCUUACUUCACCAUAAUCUCUAAACUUUCUCAAAGUGUGUUCAAUUAAACAAAAGCAGAAUAUUGCUGUGAAAUCAUUGACAGAAUGGGUUUACCAUUAACCCAGAGACUAGGCUACAGUGUUGGGCAUGUUCUCAAUGACCUCACAGCCUCUGUAUGGUUCAGUUACCUGAUUGUUUACUUUCAUCAAGUGAUGAACUUUAAUAAUAAUUUAGCUGGAUACUUGAUGUUGAUUGGACAAGUGAGUGAUGCUUUAUUCACACCUUUUAUUGGCUAUGAAUCUGACAACACAAGAGGUUUUUGUCGUCUAGGAAAAAGAAAAUCUUGGCAUCUAGUUGGUACAAUCUGUGUGGCUUGCAGUUAUCCGUUUGUCUUUAAUGACUGUAUUACCUGUUCCAAUGCUCCGGACUGGUCAAAGUUUAUUUAUUUUGCACCUUUUGUGGUGAUCUUCCAGUUUGGCUGGGCUUCCACUCAGAUUUCACAUCUGUCACUCAUCCCUGAUCUCACACAGGAUGAAAAUGAAAGAGUAGAACUGAAUGGAAUUAGAUAUGCCUUUACCGUCCUGUCCAAUCUGGCCGUGUUUGGUAUCUUCUGGUUGUUAUUUAUAGUUCAUGGUGAUAAAAGUGACAGCACGGAAACACAGCUAACAUCCGUGGACUCUCUCAAAUUCAGAAAUCUCGUAUUUAUUAUUGUGGGGAUGGGCCUUGUCUUCAGUAUUGCCUUCCAUUUCAUUGUCCGUGAGCCAGUGCAGCAUGAGGAUUUAAGCGCAGCAGAGAAUGCUUAUGCUGAUGGAUAUUCCACCAGUAUAGAAAAAUCCACAGCUCUUCGCAGCAGAAUGACAUGGUCAUGUUGGUUAAAAACAAUGCAGUUUUAUCAGAUUGCAUUAGUGUACAUGUGCACCAGGCUGUUUGUAAAUGUAUCUCAGAUUUAUCUCCCUUUAUAUGUCACAGAAACUCUUCUAUUACCAAAGGAUACUGUAGCCAUCUGUCCUUUAGUUGUGUAUGUCUCGGGUUUCAUAGCAUCUGUUGCCAUGAGACCAAUCAACUCCAUUCUAGGAAGAAAGGCUACUUAUGCCGUAGGACUAUUCUUUGGUGUUGGAGCAUGUGUAUGGAUCUAUUUUCUGAGUGAGGACACAGCCAAACAGGUGUAUGGGGCUGUUGUCCUGCUUGGUUUGGGAGGGUCAACAAUGUUGGUGACCUCACUGGCCAUGACCUCUGAUCUUAUUGCCAACAAUGUUGAAUCUGGAGCAUUUGUUUAUGGUGCCAUGAGUUUUACUGACAAAUUAUCAAAUGGAGUUGCGGUUGUGCUGAUACAACAUCUGCAUCCUUGUGUAGCUUGUUGUCCUAGUUGUAAAGGAUACUAUCGCCUGGUGUUGACUUUUGUCCCUGGGGGUGUGGCAGCUUUAGCAUUGCUAGCACUGUUGACUCUUCUUCCAAGCAAAAUUGGAGUCAGGUCAAACAAUGCAAAACCCAUGAAAAGUCUGGUUGUUAAUGAAAAUGGCAGCAUCAUCAGUGACAGUGAGAGAGAGCCCCUCCUCCACAACAGAACUCAGUCCUAGCAUGCUGCAUGCUAUCAUAUUGUGUGCCUGGAAAAUGGUGCAUCAGAUUGCAUGAUUUAAUUACCAUUCUGCUUCCCCGGUUUUGGUUUAUAUAUUCUUGCUAAGUUGACUGCCUUGUAAUAUUCUUUGACU